CUUUCUUAUGUGUGCUCACUUGCUAGGUAGUUUGAGCUGCCUCAGCCAGGGACAGUCGCCAGAGGAACAAGACAGCCAGACCCUCCUCAACUUUCAGGAUACAUUCAAUUUUAUAAGAGAAUUGGAAGGCAUCUGUUUCAGAGGUUUUAAUGCAUUGUAUGUGACCUUAUCCAAGUUGCAUCAGUAUAUCCCACACUGAUAAAGUAGCAAAUAUAUUUGAGAGUUGAGACAGCAAUGAUUGCACCAGUAGUACUAGCUUUGACAGUGGGUUUCCUUGGCUGGGCUUAUCAGGCGCUUAAGCCUCCCCCUCCUAAAUUAUGUGGUUCACCUGUUGGUCCUCCUGUCACUUCACCUAGAGUGAAACUCAAUGAUGGUAGAUAUUUGGCCUACAGGGAGUUUGGAGUGCCUAAAGAAGAGGCAAAACACAAGAUCGUCAUCAUUCAUGGCUUUGACAGCUCCAAAGAUUUGCAUUUACCUAUUUCUCGAGAACUCAUUGACGAGUUAAGGAUAUAUUUCCUCUUCUUUGAUAGAGCUGGUUAUGGCGAAAGUGACCCUUAUCCAUCACGCUCAGUAAAGAGUGAAGCAUAUGAUAUUCAAGAACUGGCCGACUUGUUGCAGAUUGGGUCCAAAUUCUAUGUAAUUGGAAUCUCAAUGGGGGCUUACCCUGUUUGGAGUUGCUUGAAAUACAUACCGCACAGAUUGUUAGGAGCUUCCCUGGUAGUUCCUUUUGUGAACUACUGGUGGCCUUGUAUUCCUGCUAAUCUAUUGAGAGAGUCCUUUCAGAAGCUGCAGGUAUCGGACCAACGGACAUUCAAAGUUGCACAUUACUUCCCAUGGCUACUUCAUUGGUGGAUGACCCAGAAAUGGUUCACUGCAUUAAGUAUGAUGGCUGGAAAUAUGGAGAUCUUCACCCCGAAAGACCUAGAAAUAUUGAAGAAAAUUUCUGAAUCCCCAAGUGUUGGUCAGGAAAAGGUGCGACAGCAAGGAGAGCAUGAAUCUCUUUACCGAGACCUACUGGCUAGCUAUGGAAAAUGGGAAUUCGACCCCAUAGACUUAACGAAUCCAUUUCCAAACAAUGAGGGUUCAGUUCACAUUUGGCAAGGUUAUGAAGACAGGAUCAUUCCAUAUAAAGUAAACCGUUAUAUUGCCGAGAAGCUUCCCUGGAUUCAUUAUCACGAGGUUCCUGAUUAUGGCCAUUUUCUCUUCUUUGAGAGUGAUCUAUGUGAGGCUGUUUUGAAGGCACUCCUGCUUGGAUAAGUUCUAUGCUGAUUGCUGAUGGUAUGCCUAAUCAAUCAUGCAGCCUUAUUUUUUAGUAAGCUCUGGUGGCUCUUAGCUAGCAACCUUUUCUCAGUGCUGCAAUGUCCAAAUUAGAUAUAAGGUUAGCAUCUAGCUAGCUUACUUCUUGGACGAGUGAGUUCUAGCUAGUUAUCUUAUUUGAUAAUCAUUUUUGUUUCACAUCAAAAGCAGCAUGUCCUUUGUGGGAGCAGCAAGUACUACUUGAGAUCAGAUUUUGCUUCAAUCUUAUGUAGAAUAAAGCUAUAAGAUUGUUGUGACUAAUUUUCUUAUAAAGUCAGGGGUCUGGAGACGAUCAAUUUUACUCAAGCCCCAUUAUUUAUAAACAAGCAUAAGAUAAUAGGAGAGCAGAAGACUUGACUUGUUGCCC